GUGGUGUUGGGAAAAGUUCAAUUUCUACACAACUCUCAUUAUGUCUUGCGCAGAAAGGAUAUAAGGUUGGAAUUCUCGAUAUUGAUCUUACUGGUCCAAGCAUACCAAGGAUGUUUGGUCUUGAAAAUAAGCAGGUUCAUCAAGCAUCUUCUGGGUUAAAGUUCAAGAAUACCUCUGACAUGAAUUCUACUAUUAAAAAAAGGUGGGUUCCAGUUUUUAUGGAUGAAAGUCAAAGAUUAUGUUGCAUGUCAAUUGGAUUUUUACUUCAAAAGAAAGAUGAUUCGGUUGUUUGGCGUGGCCCAAAAAAAAAAUGGUUAGUAAUCAAUGUAACGAAUGCCAUGAUUAAGCAAUUCCUGUCGGACGUUUGUUGGGGUGAAUUGGAUUAUCUAAUUAUCGAUACUCCACCAGGUACUUCUGAUGAGCAUAUAUCCGUCGUGGAGUACUUGAAAGAUACUAAUCCUGAUGGUGCCAUCCUUGUGACUACUCCACAGGCAGUUGCAUUGGCCGAUGUACGUAAGGAGCUAAAUUUUUGCAAGAAAGUGAAUUUACCUAUAUUGGGCAUUGUUGAAAAUAUGAGCGGAUUUAUAUGUCCUCAUUGUGAGGAGUGUACGAAUUUGUUCUCAACUGGUGGUGGUGAAGCAAUGGCACAUGAGUUUAGUGUGGAUUUUUUAGGACGUGUUCCAGUUGAUCCAUCUCUGACUCUCAUAGUAGAAAAUCAAGAUUCUUCAGUUGAUAACGAUUUGAUUAAAAAAUAUUCUGCUUCAAAUUUGUUUAAAGUAUUGAGUAAUAUAUCUGACAAGAUUGUUGAAAAAGUGUCUCUUUAA